AUGGCACGGUUUAUAUAUUCAGUUCUGCUCCUUUGCUUCGCGUCAGCAACAGCCGAGGAAGAGGUGUUGUCCCGAGUGAAGAGGAUCAUUGGGGGAUCGAUCGCAACACGAGGCCAGUGGCCCUGGCUGGUCAGUCUCCACGGGAAGUUCAUUUCAGAACGAAUCCCUAUUUUAGGAAUACCUAUAGCAUUCCGGCAUAAGUUCUGUGGUGGGUCCGUUCUAAACGAUCGUUGGAUACUUACAGCUGCGCAUUGUUUUGACGGACCUGAAGGUCAUAUUUCAAACAGAUGGGAGGCACGAUUGGCAGCUACAUCACUCAGGAACAACUUUUUGGAUACAUUAAGGAAUAUUCUGUCCCAUAUAGUAGACAGGGAAGACUGGCGAACGUGGGAAAUCGACAUCGACAGGAUUGUUAUCCACCCCCGAUAUAACGCGUCAGAUUACUGGGCGAAUGACAUCGCUCUGGUACGACUUGAAGAACCCGUCCCAUCCGGCCCACAUUUUUCCCGCAUAUCAAGUAUUAACCUUCCAAAUUAUGCCAAUUUCUCAUUCCCGGCUGUUGGAACCCACUGUACUAUGAAAGGAUGGGGAUGUACUUCUGGCGGGGGACUAGUGUCUAACCACGCCCACUCCGUUGUUCUCCCGGUCUUUGAUUCUGCAUCCUGCUCUAUCUUGCGGCGGGCUUCCAACAACCACAACCGUAUUUGCGCUGGUUUCGACAACUCUAACAGGGGGAUCUGUCCGGGAGAUAGUGGUGGACCACUUUCUUGUUUGAAUGAGAGAGGGGAGUGGUUACAAGUUGGUGUAGCCUCUUUCGCAAGCGUGCAUCGUCCUGGGGAUUACCCAGGUGUCUUCACGCGUGUCUCCUCCUACGUCAACUGGAUACACAGUGUCAUUUACAGAUAA